AUGCCCCUAGGUAUGCGACCAUUGGGCCGACGCGCACCGCCAGGCUUGGACGACCCAGUUAAUACCCACUGUGUGCUUAUCUCGGCUUUCCUCAACCAGACUGAUCUCAGGUUUUGGCACAACAUGUCCACUUUUCUGUUGCGCCGGCUGCCAGUCUGGGAAUGGAGCAUUGCAAAUCUUGGCCGCCGUGGUAUCCGCGCUCUGACCUGUGUCUUCAGUCCAACAGCCUCAUCAAACAUUCUGACGAACCCAACACCGAACCUUCUGGCCGCUGGUUUCGAUGAGGAAAAUUGGGGCUUUGCAGGCUCUUCUCGCCAGAACAACUUCGAAUCAGACGAACAGAUGUCGACCACUCCUGGACGCAAGCGUGUUGGCUGGACUGAAGAGCAACAACCUGUUGUCCGCCGAAACCAAUCACCAGAGGGUACUGGCUCUGCGGGGCACACCACGCCCCUCGAACGGUCUGAUGUAUCACAGGAUGAUCUCCAGAAAAUACGCGCGUCGUUGCGGUUAGCUCUCGGGGAUGAGAGUCUCCAGGAAGAAGUCAUACAGGAACCCGUCGCAGCUCCAAAAGAUGUACAGAAACCACGUCCAGCCAUAAGGAAAGCGGGUCCUCGAACGCCACCACCAGAGUUUUAUCUCAAUGAUCAACCGAAUCCCUUUGACGACAACGAAGCUACCAUCGGCCACGAGCUCAAAGAGAGGUCAGGCCUCGCCGCCCAACGCCGCGCAGCCAGACUUUCCAAGUCUGUAGGCACAUACUCUGCUCCUGUGUCUCGACGCAACUCGAAGGAGCUCGCUUCGCCACCCGUCGAGCUCAAUGACCUAACCCGAAAGUAUGAGUCAGUGGGCGAGACAACUGACGAUGACGACGAUGAUCCUCAGUUCAUGAAGCGCGCGUCUAUGCUACUCCGCCAGCACACUGUGCGAGCAGCUAAUAGCCAGGCCGGACUCACUAACGAUGAUCUGUACCAUACCGAUGUACCACUCCAGUCGGGCCAGGUAACACCUGAUGCGAUGGAGGUCGAGGACGAGCACGUGCUUCGACCCACCAAGUACAGAACAGGAGUACUAGGUACGCUCAUGAAGAUGUCGAACAACAAUGCGCAAGCAUCGUCUUCGCGACGACCCGCUCACAACCGCACAUACAGCGCUAGCACCUUCAGUGGAGCUUCUACAGCGGCCAACUCUCCAAACCCAUCACCACCUGUGUCCGGAUAUUCCACCCCACGCGGGGGUCGUGCUUGGUUUAGAAGCAACAACCAGUCGGCCGGCACAUCCAUCUCACAGCUCGUCGGUUCAUCAGCACACAGUUUCGCUACCCCAGCGCAGAGAGAACUUGGCCAAGAGUUUGAGGAGCAAUACAAGAAGACCCGGCCAGGCAUGGGCAAGCGAACCAAAUCAGACGACUCCAUUCUACCAUUCAAGAAGAACAAGAGAAAGGAGGAGGAGAUCAAGAUCAAGAUUCAUCUCGCCGGAACACUAGCGCGGCAGAAUUAUCUUCGUAAGCUCUGCAAGGCUUUGAUGAUGUACGGAGCGCCUACACAUCGACUGGAGGAGUAUCUCAACAUGUCUGCUCGCGUCUUGGAAAUUGAGGCACAGUUUCUGUACAUGCCCGGUUGCAUGAUUGUUGCAUUCGACGAUUCUUCCGUUCACACUAGUGAGGUGAAGCUUGUCAGGACCACUCAGGGUGUCGAUCUCGGUAAGCUCCGCGAUGUCCAUGAGAUCUACAAAGACGUAGUGCACGACCGGAUCAACGUUGAAGAAGCGACGCCACGUCUCGACACUAUCAUGGGACGCAAACCAAAGUUUAACAGAUGGCUCAGGGUGCCAAUGUAUGGCCUAGCUUCGGCGACAGUCGGACCAUUUGCGUUCCAGGCGCGUUUCAUCGAUUUGCCUUUCUGCUUCCUCCUAGGUUGCCUCAUCGGAUGGUUGCAACUUAUCGUUGCACCCGGGAACGACCUCAUCAGCAACGUAUUUGAAAUUGGUGCAUCAGUCCUCACUAGUUUUGCGGCGCGGGCUCUCGGAUCGAUCAGGCAUGAUGGCAAAGAGAUAUUCUGCUUCAGUGCAAUGGCCCAGUCCAGUAUCGCACUCAUUCUUCCCGGUUUUAUGGUGCUAUGUGCGUCACUCGAGCUCCAGAGCAAGCAUAUCGUUGCUGGAUCGGUGCGCAUGGUUUACGCCAUCAUCUACUCCCUCUUCUUAGGGUUCGGCAUCACCAUUGGCACUGUCUUGUACGGUAUGAUGGACAAGAACGCGACAUCGCGAACGCAAUGUCAACAACCCAUGUCAACGAACUAUUACUACUUCUUUGUACCUGCGUUCGCGGUCUGCCUGCAGAUUGUCAACCAGGCCAAGUACAAGCAGAUGCCAUCCAUGACUGUCAUCGCUUUCAUCGGCUGGGUAGUCAACUUCCACAGUUCCAAGUACUUCAAGAGCAACGCACAGGUCAGCAACACUCUCGGAGCUCUGGCUAUUGGUAUCGCUGCAAAUGUGCACGCCCGCUUUGGCCGACACCUUGAGAACUGGAGUCUUGACAUGUGGGAACACAAGCUGCGUCCUCAUUUCGUGAAGUUGCGAAAGGCUUACCGCAGGAAAUCUCCUGGUCCACUUCGAACGAGCAAGGUUGAGCGAUCCGCCUACGAUCCCACACGCUCCAGUAGCGGACACACAUCGCGAGCUAGCUCGAUUAGCGACUUCACACCUCACACACGCAAGAUCGGGUACGGGCUCGCUGCGGCUGCCAUGUUACCCGCAAUCUUCGUUCAAGUGCCCUCUGGUCUGAGCGUCCAAGGUUCUCUCGUAUCCGGCCUUACCUCUGCGGAUCAGAUUGUGCGCAACAGUACCGGAAACGCCACCACGCUCAGCAGCGCCGAAGUCGGUACCAGCACGACACUCAACUCCAUCGCGCUUGAUGUAGGUUUCUCGGUCAUUCAAAUUGCGAUUGGUAUCACCGUCGGCUUGUUCCUCGCUGCUCUGAUCGUAUACCCUCUUGGCAAGAGGAGGUCAGGAUUAUUCAGUUUCUGA